UCACUAGUCACACAUCUCACCCACCCCACCUCACACCCUCACCCUCACCCUCACCCUCACCAAAUCCUCCUCUAGCUAGCAAAGCUCACCACCACCAACAAGCAACAACAACACUCAUCCAUCCAUCCGUCACCAGAUCGAGCCAAGAAAGAUCCAAGAAAUUUCCCAAUUGAGGAUCAAGGGAGAAGAAUUUGUUGUCGGUCUCUUCUUGCAUCGACCCCCUCGGCAAGAUUACCUAGCUCUCUUCUUCAUCUCUUAGCCAGCUUCGAUUACUUGGAGCAAGCAAUCCCCAUGGAGCUGUUCCCCCGGCAGCCGGACCUGGCGCUGCAGAUUAGCAACACCCGCUCCUCUUCCACGCCACCCACCGCGCCGCCGGGCAGCUGGGGGCGACCACCGGACGCUACCGGCGCCACCAACAUGGACCACUUCAGCCACCACCUAGGGUUUCUGCGAGCCGGUGCCACCGCCAUGGCCAACAAAGAUGUCACGCCGCCGUCGGCGUGGACGCCGCCGCCUUCAGCUGCCACGGCCGCCAGCUACUCCAACCACAUCAGCAACCACUACCACCACCGGAUGAACGCCUUGCUCAAGCCUAUAACAGGGGUCCCCAUCUACCACCACCACCCCUCCUUCCAGCAGCUCCAGCACCAGCACAUGGCCAUGGCCUACCGGAGCAGCGGCGGCGGGGGCGGCGGCGGCUUCUUGUCGUCGAGGUCGAGGUUCCCGCCGGGGCGGCGGAGCGUGAGGGCGCCAAGGAUGCGCUGGACGACGACACUGCACGCGCGCUUCGUGCACGCCGUCGAGCUCCUAGGAGGCCAUGAGAGAGCCACUCCCAAGUCGGUGCUGGAGCUGAUGGAUGUGAAGGAUCUCACCUUGGCACAUGUCAAGUCUCACUUGCAGAUGUAUCGCACGAUAAAGAGUACCGACAAACCCAUGACAUCACCAGGACAAAAUGAAGGAUUCGAUAACGGAUCAGCGGGUGAGAUCUCUGACGAGAGCUUGCCCGAGGCCCUCAACACCCACAGGGGCACCGAUCAAAAUGGAACCAGCGCAAAUUCUCACAGCAGCAGCAGUUACAAUGGUGGUUUGUGGAGUAACUCCUCAAGGGUAGGAUGGCCUGGUUUCGGCACAAAUGGAACUGAAAAUAGAGGACAGUGUCACAAGGAAGCUGAUGCAUCAAAGAGCCUUGAGAUGUCAGGGGAGAUGAACGUGUCAUGCAUCUCCGAUCAAACAUCGAGCCCGCCGGUGCCGAACCUCGAGUUCACCCUAGGGAGGACACACCAUUAAGUAACUAGUUGAACAACAGAUUUCUAGCUAGACUAAUUAAUUGAUCCGGUGUACUCAGCAACGAUAGCUAGAUCGAGGUAAAGAGAAAGAUGGAUGCAACAUUCUGAUCAAAGCCAAAGGUGAUGAGAUAGAAAGUGAUACUCAGUCUCCCCUCCAUUAUGUGUGUCUGUGUGUUGGGAAGAGGGAGAGAGAGAGGGAUCUAGCUUGCUAGAGAGAGAGAGAGAAAGAGAGAGAGAGAGAAGAGUGAUAGUGAAGUAUCUGAUCUUGUUCUCCAUGAAUGGUAUGCUUUAUGUAUAAAGUGGUCUUAUGUUGUUUAUUUAAA